GAGUCGAAAGUCGAAAGCUCUUUCAACAGCUUCAAAUCAGUAGCAAUUCACGGCGAACCGCAUUUUUGAACGCACUUGACAUCUGAUGCUAUUCUGCUAUUCUAGGCCAUUUUACUUCGUCCUGCGCGAACUCGCGAAGUGUCUUCGCAGACAUAAAAAAUGGCAGGUAAACUAUUCGCGAGUCGCUUACGACCCGUUAUCCAAAUACAAAGAUGCGGAUUGCUGACAGUGGAUAGGAUCGGUAAUAGAGAGGUGGUUGGCUAUGGAUACAAUGGUGAACCCAGUUAUUUAGAUCGAGUAGAUUUCCCCUGUCCUGCAAUACGUUGGAAGGAAAAUACCCCUGAUGUCAUGGCGCUGAGAGAGAAAGAAAAGGGAGACUGGAAGAAGCUAUCUAUUGAAGAAAAGAAAAUUCUAUAUCGUGCCAGUUUUCGCCAAACGUUCAGCGAAAUGGAAGCACCGACAGGAGAGUGGAAAGGCAUUGUUGGAAUGAGUUGUUUACUUAUGAGCACUGGCAUAUGGCUAUAUCUAUAUUUCAAAGUAUUUGCUUAUCCAGAAUUGCCAGAAACAUUCUCGUUAGAACGCCGACUGGCACAAUUAGAUCGUAUGAAGAAGCUUGACAUGAAUCCGAUCGACGGACCCUUGGCUCGAAAGUAAAUUAAAUUAUCUAUUCUUGAAUAAUAUAGUCUCACUAUGUACAGUAAUUUCCCUGAACACUUGUAUAUAUGUACAAGUGGUUAAAAUUUAAUAAAUGCCAUGUGGUUACAUUAGAGCGCCAUUGAUAUUAAAAUACAUUCAAAAUAUCAGCAUAUUAAGUUAUAUGUGAAAUGUGUAAAUAUAAAUUAGUAUAUUAAAAAUGUA